UUCAUCUCAUACAACCCAAAAUGCCGAUCGUUCGAUUAAAAAAUUGAAUGUGAGGUGGCAAUACUAUACGUCAUUGAUCGCUUCAUACCUGUAGCUAAAAACUGAAAAUAUUCUCUUUCCCUGUCUUUCUGGUUUUGGGUGGUUUGGUUUUGCUGGCAUCUGGUGAUUGAUUCAGUUUUGGGGUUUUGUACUUUUGUUCUUUUUUUCUGUCACCUUCUUCCCUUAUCUGUCCUUGAGCCUUUAAUACCGUGUUCGUGGUUAAGUUGUGCGUUCUGUUUUUUGGUUUUUUUGCUUGUAGUAUCUAUUAUUGGUUUGUACCUGAUUGGUAGUUGUGCGAUCUUUUUCAAGUCUCUUUCCUUUUUUCUUCUAUGGUUUUCUGUUAUGGCCAUGUCAAACAAUGUCCACGGUUGCUUAAGGAUCAUCUAUGUGGUUAUUGCCUUCUGUUCUGCCUUCUUCUUCGGUGGUCUUAAAGCUCUUUUAGUGGGUCCUAUUGCUGCUUCAAUACUAAUAGUGGGGAAUGUUGGGGUAAUUUUAUUGAUGUUUCCUCUACAUGUUGCUUGGACUGUCUACACCGUUGUAAAGACUAAUAGAUUUGAUGCACUACUUAAAGUUGCCCUUUUGCUUACUUUGCCUGUUCUAUUUAGUAUUUGGUUGGGUUUAAGCAUAGCUGUGACUGCUCUUGUGGGAUUGGGUUAUGGCUUCUUUACUCCAUGGGUUUCCACUUUUGAGGCCUUUAGACAAGAAACUGAAUCCAAGAAAUUCUACCACUGUCUUGUGGAUGGAACCUUGGGACCCAUUAAAGGAAGCUGUACUGUAGUUAGAGAUUUUGCAGAUAUGUGUUAUCAUUCUUACUUGCUCUACUUAAAGGAGCUUCGCGAUUCUCCUGCUUCAAAUGAGCAAAGACCUCUUAGGUUGAUUCAUAUCCCUGGAUUUAUCAUUGCCGGAUUGAUGGGGCUAAUUGUGGAUGUUCCUCUUUUUACUGCAAUUGCUGUAAUUAAGAGUCCAUAUAUGUUGUUCAAGGGCUGGUUUCGGUUGAUACAUGAUCUAGUUAGCCGAGAGGGACCAUUUCUCGAAACAGCUUGCAUUCCCGUUGCUGGCUUGACAAUACUUUUUUGGCCUCUUAUUGUUGUUGGAAGCAUACUAUUGAGCAUAUUCUCAAGUAUCUUCAUUGGAUUGUAUGCAUCAGUUAUAGUUUAUCAGGAAAGAUCUUUUCGAAAAGGUGUUGCUUAUGUGAUUGCAAUGGUCGCAGAAUUCGAUGAGUAUACAAAUGAUGGGCUGUAUCUUAGAGAGGGGACUUUCCUUCCAAAAAUCACAUUGCUCACAGCCAGGCCCCGCUAUAGAAAGAAAAAGGCUUCUAACUCAUCCGAGCUUUCUGUUGGAGGAAAUCUUGGAAAAUUUGGUUCUAUCUCUGGUACAGAAGCUUCUGCUGCCAUGUUUAUGCCAAGCUUGGCUCCUUCAAGAUCUGUAAGGGAGACAAUUCAAGAAGUGAAAAUGGUUCAGGUUUGGGGACAUGUCAUGAGAUCAUGUGAAAUAAGAGGCAAAGAACUGGUGGAUGUUGGUGCAAUAACAUUAACUGAUCUCAAUGACUGUCUGAAGGCCAAGAAUGCCAAUGAAGGUGUCAUUGUUGGCGUUGGAUUGCCUUGUUAUUCACUGUUGCAUACUCUUCUCUUCUCUAUCAAAGCUGCUUCACAUGGUUUUUUGCUGGUUGAUGGUGUUGAAGUCACUCAUCUAAACAGACCAAAUGACAGAUUGUUUGAAUGGUUCUUUCACCCUUUGCUUGUUGUAAAGGAACAAAUCAGAGUCAUCAAAUUGGAAGAAGGGGAGGAAAGAUUCUUGCAGAAAGUAAUUCUGUUUGGAAAUGAUACACAGCGGAUGGAGGCCUGGGAUAAUGGCAGUAUAAUACCUCAAGAGGCUCUCAGAGCUGCUCAAAUACAAGGCCUUAGCAGAAGGAUGUUAGGAAUGGUGAGGAGUGCAUCAAAGCUUCCUACUUACAGAAGGAGAUUUCGGCAAGUGGUGAAGGCAUUGAUAGCAUAUUCAACAGAUAAGGAGAGUGAUGUUAGAUCCAAUUCUGUAAAAUCAGUUGGCAGCACUAAGGAGGGUGGUGUUAGAUCCAGUUCUGUAAGAUCAGUUGGCAGCACUAAGGAGGGUGGUGUUAGAUCCAGUUCUAUAAGAUCAAUUGCCAGCACUGAUCUUGCGGUGUGAAUUCAGUUUUAUCUUUUCUUUCUUCCUGGUUUGUGUGGAAAGCUUAUCAUAGUUUGUGAAUCACUUUUAAGGCUAUUCUCACAUUUAAUUCUUGUAGAAGCACAAUUAUGUUUUGUCAAUAUAAAGAAAGAUGGUUCUUGUUUUUAUGCCUCA